CUCCUGUCCUCUCCUCUCUGCUCUGUGUAAACAGCCUCUCCUGUCCUCUCCUCUCUGCUCUGUGUAAACAGCCUCUCCUGUCCUCUCCUCUCUGCUCUGUGUAAACAGCCUCUCCUGUCCUCUCCUCUCAGCUCUGUGUAAACAGCGUCUCUCUGUCUGUGUCAGACGUCCUGAGGAGACGAGCAGGACAUGAGGAGAUGAGUGGAGAGGAAGUGGAACCAGAGCCGAGGGGAGAGGACAGGCAGCAGCUCCCUGCUGAAGGAGCGUCUGAGUCACCUGAUGAAGCUGUUGAUCUGAGCGGCGUUCAGUCGUCGGGGCGCCACGUCUGUCCCGUGUGCAGCCGGGAGUUCUCGCGCCCGUCCCGGCUGGCCGACCACGUGGCCACGCACUCCGGCGUGAAGCCUCACAGCUGCUCCGUGUGCGGGAAGCGCUUCACCAAGAAGAUCAACGUGGCGGUGCACCAGCGCGUCCACACCGGCGAGAAGCCGUACUCGUGUCCGGAGUGCGGGGCGAGCUACGCCCAGCCGGGCUGCCUGCGCCGCCACCGCCUCCGCCACGCCGCCGAGAAGCCGCACCAGUGCUCCGUGUGCGGCCGCGGCUUCCUGCAGCGCCGCUACCUGGUGCAGCACGAGAGGAGCCACACCGGAGAGAAACCGUUCGGCUGCUCCCUCUGCCCCAAACGCUUCGCCUCCAGGACGGGGCUCAGCGAGCACCAGAGGAGCCACCAGGAGGAGAAACUCUACCGCUGCUCCUUCUGCCAGAAGCUCUUCUCCACGCCGUCCUCCUUCAGGGACCACGUCAGGAUCCACACCGGACAGAAACCACACCGCUGCUCCCUCUGCGGGAAGAGCUUCAACCGGCCCGGCCUGCUGACCAAACACCUGCAGAGACACGCCGAGCAGAGACACCUGGGACCACCCGAGACCUCAGACCACCAGGAGGAGGCGGCGUGCCGCUGCUACCUCUGCCACAAAGACUUCUCCAGCGGCGAGAAGCUGCAGCAGCACCUGGCGCUCCACCAGAGGGCGCUCUCCUUCUGCUGCGACAUCUGCGGCCGCGGUUUCUCCCGCGGCUCCCGUCUGAAGGAGCACGUCCGCUCCCACACCGGAGAGAGACCGUUCCAGUGCGACGUCUGCAAGAAACGCUUCUCCUCCCAGAGAGUCUUCAGGAAGCACCAGCAGAUCCACAGCCGGGCCGGGCGCCACGGCAACGCCACCGCCGCCGCCACCACAACCGACGGCGGCGCCACGACGACCGACGGCGGCGCCACCACGACCGACGGCGGCGCCACGACGACCGACGGCGGCGCCACGCUGCUGCACACAGACGACCAGAAAGCAGAGCAGCAGCUCCACAACACACACCAUGAUGAAGACGAUGAAGAGGAGCAGAAGGAGCAGAAGGAGGUGCUCCACAGCUGCUCCGUCUGCACCAAGAGCUUCAGCAGCGCCGGCAGCCUGCGGAGCCACCAGGGGACCCACCGGACCCCCAGACCCCACGCCUGCUCCCUCUGCCCCAAGAGCUUCCUGAGGCCCGGCCUGCUGCACAAACACAUGAGGGUCCACAGCGGGGACGGGGUCCACAGCAGGGACGGGGUCCACAGCGGGGACGGGGUCCCCACCAGGGACGGGGUCCACAGCGGGGACGGGGUCCACAGCAGGGACGGGGUCCCCACCAGGGACGGGGUCCACAGCGGGGACGGGGUCCACAUCGGGGACGGGGUCCCCACAUGGACCAACGACAAGGAGUUGUGUCUCAACAUAAAGACUGAAGAGGAGGACGAAGGCCAGAAGGAUCAGGACUCUUCAGGACUCUGUGCUGAGUCGGGACGGCCGGAGGACGAGGACGCCGUCAGCGGCCUGAUCAACUCUGACGGAGAGGAGGAGGACUGGAGGCCUCGGAUACACGACGGAGGCGGAGGCGGCGGAGGCGGCGGCGGAGGCGGCGGUGGCGGCGGCUCGGAGGCGGAGGCGUGCGGCGGCGGGAAGCGGAGCCACCGCUGCCCCGUGUGCGGCCGCGACUGCUUCAAGGCGUCGGCGCUGCAGAAACACCUGCGGAUCCACUCGGGGGAGCGGCCCUUCACCUGCCCCACCUGCAGGAAGAGCUUCACCCAGCAGGUCCACAUGACGGAGCACCAGAGGAUCCACACCGGGGAGAAACCCUACACCUGCCCCGCCUGCAGCAAGAGCUUCACCUUCUCCAGCGCGCUGCGGCGCCACCAGCGGCUGCACGCCGACGCCCGGCCGUACCAGUGCGCCGUGUGCCAGAAGAGCUUCAAGCAGCAGAGCGCCCUGCGGAGCCACCAGCUCACCCACUCGGGGGUCCGCCACCACUGCCCCACCUGCUCCAAGAGCUUCAGCCGCGCCCUGGAGCUCAGCUACCACGUGGACGUCCACUCCGACGCCCGGCCCUACUUCUGCUCCGUCUGCAGGAAGAACCUGAGCGGAGCGCGCAUCUUCCAGAAACACAUGAAGAAGCACGAGAAGCAGAGCACGCCGCUGCCGCUGGUCAGAGCGCGGCAGACCCACGCCGACAGCUGCAACACCUGAACACACCUGAACACACCUGAACACACCUGAACACACCUGAACCACAC